AUGGUUGCGAUCACGCUCAGUGAUCCUGCGAAAACCCUUGCUCAACACAUCGGGUUCAGUAAUAGUGCAUCAGUUAAAUCGUCACGAUCGAAUAUCCUAUCAACAGAUGUACCAGUGUUUACAAUACCAUUACGAACUAUUAAUAUUAAUGGAACUGGUUUUGGUAAUUCAAUAAUGAAUGUGGGACCAACUCAAACAAGAGAGGAUUUAAUAUUUGCACAGUUUUUAGCCGGAAAUGUUCCUGAAUUUAUGAGAAAUGCUAUUUCAGUCACAGUAACGGCUGGAAAUGAUACACUAACGUAUUGGGUUCUUCCUGAUGUUCUUUCUGUAGGCACAAAUACAGAUUACUUAAGAACGCCACUCAAUCCAUUAACAGCAAAAAAAAUUGCAGACCUAUUUGGUUGUGUUUUGCCAACAAGAAAAAUGGCACAUCAAAUUUGGCAAGCAGCCACAGUUAAACUAUCUCCCAGUCCAAACGGUCCACCAUACGAUGCGACUAUGAUGUCAACAGAAAGAAUGAUAUUUCAUAAUAAAAAAAUUCAAACUGCACUUGCUAAUAAAGUUCCAGGUGAGCUAGUAACGGGCCACAAAAAAGACGUAGUCAUUUCCGUUGGACUAUUAACUUAUCCAAAAAAUGUAGCUAUUGUGGGAUGGUGGUACCCAUCAGGACAAAUAAUUCAACCAUUAAAUUACGUAUCACAUGAUCGUUAUUAUAAAGAUUAUAGUCACGGCAUACGACUAAUUAAUCGUAUGGUAACAAUAAAUGGGCAAUGGUAUGAUAUAUAUGACGUAUUACGCAAUAAAACACUUGCAACUUUAAUAAGUGAUGAAGGUCCAUUUGAUGCCACACAAAUGUACACAUAA